AGCUAAAAGUUGAGAGGCCUGGCCUUUACAGCUACUACCUUAACUUUAUAACAGCUUUCCAGGAGCGAGCCUGUUAUCUUGUGUUGUUCAGUGCAAAGAGCAGCGAGUCAGAGUUCACUCAGAGUUAAUCAGUGUCAGUUUACAAUGCAGCUGUGAAAAAUACCACAGCCGCGUUUCCUGCAGACGCAGAGCCACCAUGGAGCUGCGUCUCUCCAUCUGCGUCCUGCUGCUGCUCUGUGCGCCAAGGAGCUCCGAUGGAGGAAAGAUCUUGGUGUGGUACACUGAGGCCAGCCACUGGAUCAACAUGAAGCCGGUCCUGGAGACGCUGGUGGACAGAGGACACCAGGUGACGGUCCUGGUCCCCAGCGCGUCCAUGUUCAUGAACAGCAGCGAGCCGUCUCGCUUCCAGUACGAACCGUUCGACGUCUCCGUCUCCCGGAGCGACAUGGAAGCGUUCCUCCGGGACUUUCUUCACUUCGCCAUUUACGAGAUGGAUUUCAUGAACUACUUUCAGAUUUACCAAAGAUUUAUAGAACUGUUACAGAACAACAUGAAGGUUUCGCUCCACAUGUUGGAUGGAGUUGUGAGAUCUGAAACGGUGAUGAAAAAACUGAGAGGGGGGAAAUACGACCUGCUUUUUGCGGAUCCCGUCUACCCUGGCAGUGACCUGGCAGCAGACAUUUUGGGGAUCCCUCUCGUUUACUCACUGCGUUUUUCCCUGGCUAAUAACUGGGAGAGGCUGUGCGGUCAGCUGCCUGCUCCACCUUCCUUUGUCCCCGGCGCUAUGAGCAAACUCACAGACAAGAUGGACUUCUCAGAGAGACUGUGGAAUGUCCUCUUCUACGCACUACAGGACAUCGUAAUAGAAAGGUUUAUGUGGAAAGAGCUCGACAAAUAUUACUCUGAUGUCAGAGGAACGCCCACCAGUGCCUGUCAGAUGAUGGGCAAUGGUGACUUCUGGUUGAUGAGGACCUACUGGGAUUUUGAUUUUCCUCGUCCGUUCCUCCCCAACUUUAAAUUUGUUGGAGGGAUCCACUGCAGACCAGCUAAGCCUUUACCAAAGGAGAUGGAAACAUUUGUCCAAAGCUCUGGAGAUGCUGGGAUCGUGGUCUUCUCUUUAGGAUCUAUGGUCAAGAACCUGACCAUAGAGAAAGCAAACACGAUAGCUUCAGCCCUCGCUCAGAUUCCACAAAAGGUGCUGUGGAGAUACUGUGGAGAAAAACCCCAAACUCUUGGUUCUAAUACAAGAGUCUAUGACUGGAUUCCACAAAAUGACCUGCUAGGUCACCCUAAAACUAAAGCUUUCAUCACUCACGGGGGAACAAACGGGAUCUAUGAGGCCAUCUACCACGGCGUUCCCAUGGUGGGGAUCCCCAUGUUUGGUGACCAGCCAGACAACAUGGUGCACAUGGAGGCCAAAGGAGUGGCGCUUACUGUUAACCUUAAGUUUUUGACAACCGAGAGCCUCAGAGACGCUGUCAACACCGUCAUCAAUGACAAAUCCUACAAAGAAAACAUGAUGCGACUGUCCAGAAUCCACCACGACAGGCCCAUGAGUCCUCGGGACGAGGCAGUAAACUGGAUCGAGUUCACCAUGAGGAACAAAGGAGCAAAGCACCUGAGGGUCCAGGCCCACGAGCUCACCUGGUACCAGUAUCACAGCCUGGAUGUCCUAACCUUCCUCUUCACGUUAAACCUGCUCCUCAUCUUCGUCCUCUUCAAAACCUGCAGCUUCUGUUUCCGGAGAUGCAGCAGCAGAAAAACGACAAAGAGAAAAGCUGAAUAACAGACUGACAUGAGAUUUAGUUUUUAGAGACACACUAGCUGAGCCAAAGGACAUAUUAUAACGUAAUCUCACACCAGGAUGUGUCGCUCCUUUAAAGUUGUUUAUCAAUAUGUCUAUUUCUGUGCGGCUUUGUCUUUGCUGCAGCAGAAAAAUGACCAAGAGAAAAGCAGAAUAACAAAACGUGAGAUCUCCUGAUCUGGUGCUUUUCAAACUAAAUACAAAUUUACAGUAUGUUGGUGAUGCCUGUAGCAGUUUGCCAUUUAAGAGUUGAAAUACUUUUGUUUACAAAAAAGAAAUAAGAAAAAAAGUGAUUUUUACAUGUAUUUUCUUAUAUGCAGCUUCGUAUGGCAUUUGAUCAGAUCUAAACAUCUUUCCAGCUAAUUUAAAAUAUUUCAUAUUGGUGUAAUACCACCAGCAUCAACAGUUCUCCUCUGACCUGUGGGGACUUCAAUUUCAAUUUCUGGGUCCAUUACUAUUUUAAUUUUACCUUCUUCCAUUAGCUGGUAUUGUUCUGUUUUUUUUUUACAUUUCUUCUUUAUGCAGAUGAUAUGCAACUGUGUUUCUUUAAAACCUCUCCUGCUGGAUAGGCUGUCUGCUCUGAGAUGUUUAUUUCAGGUCAGUAACUGGAUCUCUAGCAAUUUUCUGGUUUUAAACUCAGGUAAUAUAGAGACUUUGAUACUUGCUCCUAGCCACCUGCAUGGUAAAAUUAGUAAUAUAUUUUCUUUUUGCCCAGCAACCAAAUCCACAGCAAGAAAUCUUGGAGUUACAUUUGACGCUUCAUGAGGCUUUGAUCCAUUUCUCAUUCCUGUUUGUUUCAAUUAAGAAGUCUAAAAUUUAAUCCAUGGUCUCACGAGCAUAUCUUGAGCACAUUAUUCAAGCAUUUGAGUCGUCCCGUCUAGACUGCAGUAAUGCCUUUUUAUAGGUCUGGACAGAUCUUCAAUUUCACACAUCCAAGCUAUCUAGAAUGUAGCAGCCAGACUUCUUACUUAAACCAGUAACUUCUCUCUUACCACCUUGGCCUUAUACUUUCUUUUUUUUUUUUUUUUACCUGCAGGGCUCUAAACGGCAGGCUCCUGAAUAAUUAUGUCAACUUAUAACUAAACACUGCUCCUUGUAACCUUUGCUCUCAAGUCCAUGAUACUUGAGAGCAAAAGGGGGGGGGG